GUAAUGCACAGGUUGCAACAUUUAUAACAGACCGUGAGAUAGCCCUUCUUGCAGCAAUUUCUGAAGAAUUCCCCCAAGCACGGCACCAAUUAUGUACUUGGCACAUUUUUAAAAACAUUAGAAAUAAACUUAAAAAACAUGUUGACAUUGACGAAUUUAUUAAGGCUAUCCAAAAACUUGCAUAUGAUGAUAGUCUAGAAAUUCACCAUAUUGAACAAGAGAUCACAUCAUUAUAG